GAAAACGAUGUUUUUAAAGGGAAACCAAGGUUGAUGAGGUCUGCUGUGGGCACAGCAGGUGGAAGGUUGUUGCUGGUUGCUGGGUGCCGUGGAGCAGAGGAGCUGUGCCAUACCCCCCCCCCACCCCAUACGUCCUCUCAUGCCCCCCCCUGUGUGCGUCUCCCACUAUCAGUGACCCCACGCCCCCACCCAGCUCCCACCUGACCCAUCCUUCGUGUUGCCGCCAAAGCCCUGAGCCCCCUUCUCACCCCAUGCUUGGGACAAAGCCAGCUCACUGCCAGCCCAAUGACUGCCUGGAUCGUCCUGCCCGUCAGCCUGGCUGCCUUCUCCAUCACAGGAAUAUGGAUAGUGUAUGCGAUGGCUGUGAUGAAUCACCAUGUUUGUCCUGUAGAGAACUGGUCUUACAACGUCACAUGCACGGAGGAGUUGCCCCGGCCAGGCUUCCCCAAGACCUGCUGCACCAUCCAGGACAUCCCCCUCAUCAGUAAAUGUGGCUCAUACCCUCCUGAAAGCUGCCUGUUCAGCCUGAUUGGCAACGUUGGAGCCUUUAUGGUGGUGAUGGUGUGCUUCCUGCGCUACGCCCAGGUGAUCGAACACAGCCACCAGUGUUGGGUCAACACCAGCGCACUGGUGUCUGGCUGCACCAACGCCGUCGGUCUGGUCAUGGUCGGAAACUUCCAGGUUGAUCACGCCAAAUCUCUCCAUUAUGUGGGUGCCGGUGUGGCGUUUCCUGCAGGGCUGCUGUUUGUGUGCUUGCAGUGCGUCCUCACCUACCGGGUGGCCAUGACCACCCUGGACUACUGGAUGGCUCACUUCCGGGUGGCUCUGGCGCUGGGAGCCAUGGUCUCCCUGGUCCUCAGCGGCAUCUUCUUCAUCCACGAGAGCUUCGUCCUGCAGCACGCCGCCGCCAUCUGCGAGUGGGUCUUCACCGUGGACAUCCUGGUCUUCUACGGCACCUUCACCUACGAGUUCGGCACCGUCACCACCGAGACCAUGAUGGCCGGCCUGCAGCAGAGCCAGCACGGCUCGGGGGUCAUCAUGGACCCCAUGUCCCGGGCGUCAACGCUGGGCGGGGCCACCAAGGGCCUGAAGUCCCCCGGCGGCAGCAGCACGUCCACACACCUCAACUGCACCCCAGAGAGCAUAGCUAUGUUGUAGCUCCGUCUGGAAAAAAACAAACAAAAAAAGUCACUGCGGAGGUGCUCCACUGGCAGCAUGUGAAGCAAGAGAGCAAAUUCGUAUAACUGUAACCUCAGCGACACCAGGUAUUUCUACCCAUAAUGCUCUACGGCCUUCGUUUUGUUCUGUUUUCCCUCCUCAGUUCUCAUAGCAGAUCAAGUUGAAUGUUUGGAGCCGGCUCAAAAACUGGAGCCGUGAAUGUUUUCCAAGACGGCGGUUAAAGUUGACGACUCAGCACGGAGUUCGUCUCUGAAAAUCUGUCCCCCUGGGUUCUUGAUUUCAAAAGACAAAAGUUCCUACUGCCCUCAAAAGUCAUUUUCGUUGCCCCUCUGCUGACUCUCCAGUCCAAAGGCUCGCCCUGCCCGCCUCUUUUGGCCUUUUGCUUAUCUCUGCACGGUUUAUGUGGGGAUCUUUUUAUUUUUUAUUUUUUUCUUUAUUUUUUGCAUCACAAAAAGAUUUAGAAAAUAAUGAAUGUUGCAAAGUGAAUAGCUAUAGUCUAUUUUACAGACUGUAAUCUUUACGGUCUAAUUUAAUCAAUCAUGCAUUAACUAUAUACCGUUAAAUUCAUCUGCUUUUAUUUGAUUACACUUAUAAUUUGAUGUCUUGUUUUUCUAUACAUAUAUAAAUAUAUACAUGUCUAGAUUGGUCUCAAUCAUUAUUUAUGUUGGUGCAAAACUGGAUGGUCUUUUCUGUUGCAAUGACUCGCUUUAAGCUGAAAAGUGAAUUUUUGUUGUUUUGUUUUUGUUGUUUUUUUUCCAAUCCAAUGUUACAUGAAAACGUAACAAUCAUCUGAUCAUUUCCACUCCUCUGGGGUGAGUAAUGCCUUUCUUAGUGUUUGAGCUGCCAGGUGAGACUGACGUUUCAUGUGACGGGAUAAAUGAGUGACGGUAAAACUACAGUCUGACGUUGGUGUUUGCUGUGGAGUUCUGGUCCUGACGCUGGCCGCGUUCCAGGCUGGAUCCCUGGACGCCUUAUACAAGUUUAAGAAAUGUCUUUAUCUUAAUGGUUUGAGUUUGUGUGAAGCCUUUCAGAAGAUUUUCUUCACAACACUUGCAAAAGUAGUCACUCCCCUCAGUGACGCUGCAACUACCAACUUCAAUGGGAUUUAUUGGGAUUUUAUGGGAUAGAUCGACACAAAGAGGUUUAAAACAUGUCAUUUUCAGCUCUGGGUGAUUUUGUGCAGCCGCCUGGCUGUAAACGAAGGACGGUACAAAUUUGACCAGGGCAGGCCACGAUGUUGCCUAUGACGACCGACUGUAAGAUUUCUGAAAUUAUUGACACUUUUUAUUUAUUUCCAGAUCUGACAUUAAUUCCAAAUCUAUUUCUUUGUCUAUGUUUAAGUGUAGGUUAUUAAUGAUAAGCAUGUAAAGACAAUUUGAAAAAGUCACAAUCAUAUGUAGUUUUACAAUUUUUGGCUUUACAAUUUUGGUAAAAAAUUUCAAAUCUGUUUACAAAAAUUUGCUUUUUGUAAUAAAAAAAAGUCAUUAAUCUUCAGCAGAAUAGCGGCAUUUAUACUGAAAUGCAAUUAAAUACAGAUGGACCUUUUUUGGAAGGGGUUACUCUUACUUUGUGUUGCUUGGUCUCAAAAAGUCCCAAUAAAAUCCAUUUAAAGUCCUGGUUGUAACGUCACUACAGGUGAACUAGUUCUGGGGUGUGAAAACGUUUGCAAUUUUUUAUUUUUUUUUGUUUCUAUAAUUGGUGCUGUCGCAGCAGUGUUACAAUGUGACAUGCUGGUUGUCGACUGACUUCAAACUAUACCGUACCCGUGUCGUCUCCCGCCCCGCCCUCCUUCAUCGGCUCCUGCAGCCGAUUUGUUCUUGAGAAGAGACCCAACCGGACAGCAGACUGCCACGGCGCUCUGAGUCACAACCUGCACAGGUUUUGCUCAGAUGAACGUUUUCACUGCUAGGUUUCAUAAAGCACACACAUCUAUCACCUCUGUUCUUUUUGGGGGUUUUUUUGUCCUACCGCUUGACGCGUUAUAUUUCGUCAAACACACAGGAUGCCAGCAAUACGCAUUUUCAAAAGGUCACGUCUCCUACCUCUUUUGUGGGUCUGAUGUGAAAGAUGGGAGCCUUUCAACUUGUUGGGUAUUUUUUUUUUUUUUUUUUUGUUACUCUGGUCGAGGUUCAGUAUUUUCCAGCCUCGUCCACAAGUGUCAGAAUGUGACAGAGCUGGAGUCAGGCUGUUUCAUAAACUGAAUUGGGCUCACGGCGCUCUCAGCGCUUGCUGUGCAAAAAGUUUGAACUUGAUAUGUUUGUUGGACUGCAGAAAACCAUGCCAAAAAAGACUGGAGUAUACAGUUUUCUUUUUCUUUGUGUGUGUGUGUCAGAUGCGGCGGUAUGAGUUAGUAUGAAGUGCACUGUUUUCAGCCUUAUGUACUCUGCCUAAGAAACUUUCUUUUUAUUGUCAUAUUUGACUUAUGUUUAGCUGCAGCCUUUUUUUUUUUUUUUUUUGCCAUACGGCAGCUUGUGAGCCCAAACAUGGGGCCAAAACAGCUUCUGUACCAUUAAAACCAUUCAACAUGCCAAAUAAUCCAAUGAAAGGUGGAGAUUUUCUUUUUCUUGUUUUUUUUUGUGUGCUUAGAUCAUUGUGUGCACUGAGGGUUUGUGUGGAGCCUUAUGUUUUUGAAGGCCACCUGCCUUUUAUGUCAACACUCGUAACACAGAUCCAAAUGUCUAUAAAAUGUACUCCCUUCCUACGUCCUGUAAAUUUGAAAAGAAAUACAGAACAUUAACAAAGGCAUCAGAGAAAUCCCCUGUAUGAAAUUAAAAAAAAGUCAAGAGAAAUUGUUUCCUUUUAUAAAUUCUGUAAAUAUGUCUGAUUUUCUUUGUCUAUCAUUUAGGCCUUUUAUUUUGACAGAGAUUUAUAUUCAAAUAUGAAAUAAAAAUAAGUUAUCAAACUGUU